UUUGCCGCGUUUCAAAACUAGCGGUACACGAAAAUUUUCUACCUAUAUAAAAAAAAGUUUAUUAUCUAUGAAUACUUCAGCUGUGGUAUUCUAUUUCUCAGUCGCUUUCCAUGUGGAUAGCUGCGUAUAGACCGACGAUCUAUAUAGUCGCACUCUCGGCGUAUUCUAUUAUAGUGCUAUAUAUAUGUGUGUUGUGAUUUCGCGUAAUAUAUAAAUGUAUCACGGCUUGGGAUCUCAACCUAACCUUGAAAUAUAAAAUUUUGGCAAAGCAUCCAGUUCAAACAAACAGCCAGAGCAUGACGAAUGCUCAUUUUAAGUUUCGUUAUUUUAAUUCCACAAUUCGUAGUAUCAGUCUACGGUAAAAGUCAUCGCCUGUAUUUAUAAACGGCAUAAAAAAUGCAGUUUCAAUCAAUCAAAGCACCUGUUGUAUAUGCAAUUCUGUUAUCAAUUUCGUUGUCGGUUUUCGUGCUUUACAUAGUCGGUGCAGCUCAUUAUCUCACCGAUCAUGAAGAAAAUACGUGUGAUAUGACAUAUAUGUUCGAGUAUCCACAAUACGUGAGGAUAAGAUUAAUUAGUAAAAAUGAUGACGUAUCCGAAGAUUACGUAUACCCAAGGUAUGGACUUUUUGCUUACGGAGAGGGUUUUGUUACUGAGAGGCUGCGAAGAAUGCACUUUACUGGUAUUCCUGUGCUUUUUAUUCCUGGAAAUGCUGGAUCACAUGAACAAGUGCGUUCUCUGGCAUCAAUCAGUUUAAGAAAAAGUUUGAAAAGUCGAACUCCGUUUCAUUUUGAUUAUUUCACUAUAUCAUUUGGCAAAGAUUACUCAGCACUGUACGGAGGAGUAUUAAAAAAAGAAACUGAAUAUGUGGCCAAAUGCAUACAAAGGAUACUUUCUCUGUAUCAGGGCAAAGUAAAAAAUAUCAUAUUGAUUGGACACUCGAUGGGUGGAAUAAUUGCCAAAGGUGCUCUGUUGUUAGUACCCGAAAUUAACAGUAAUGUUGCUAGUAUUUUACUCACACUAGCAACACCACACAAACCUUCGGUUUUUCCUGAUUAUACUUUUUUAAAUUAUUAUCAAGAAUUAACAAGUUCUAUGGCUAGUAUUAAAGAAAAUGGAACAACUGUAAUCUCUAUUGGUGGAGGUCCAAGAGACAUUUUGGUUCCUUCUUCUCAGACAAUUGAUCAAUAUGCAGAUAUCAAUACUCUCACUACCAGUAUUCCAGGUGUCUGGAGAUCUACAGAUCACCUAUGUAUAUUAUGGUGUAAACAAUUGAUUAUGAACAUUGUAAGAUCACUUUUUGAUUGUGUGGAUACAUCUCAAAAACCAGCAGUCAUUUAUGAAAGCCAUGAGCAGAGAAUUAAAUCUUUCAAUUGGCAUUUUGCUCAGCGUUUCAGCAUGGAAAAACGAUUACCACGCACAGUUUAUAAGGAAAAAGUGGAAUUUGCUAUGAAUGAAGAAAGUGAAUGGAUUGAAGAUAUGCGUAGACAAUACGUGUGGAGUAGUAAAAAUUAUACAUACAGUCGUAAUAAAUCAAAGAAACCAACUACAAUAUAUCUCAUGUUUAGAGUUAAUGCACCUAUCGAUACUCUAUCUAUUGAUGCCAUUCAUUUAAGAAAUAGUGAUUGGAUUUUUGCCUGCUCUGCAUCGAGUAUACGCGGGCAGUCAAGAAUUUGUACAUGGGGCUGGAAUUUGUCUAACCGUACGAGAAUUAUCCCAGGAUCAACUAGAAAACCUUUUAAAUACUCAAUAGACUUGGAUCUCAAUGAAAUUCGAACUUUAGCAGUUUCUCACGUAAUCGUGAGGAUUCCAGAUCAAACUGUCUAUCGUUAUGACGACGACGACGAAAACGAUGACGACGACGACGAUAAUCAAAUAAUUCAAGUUGACGCCUACACACGAGCUGCUAGAUAUAAACGAAUUAGCAAUGGAAAAUCUUGGUCUUCCGAUCGAGGAAAUCUUCGUUAUUAUGUUGCCCUAGAUGGCAUUACUGACGCCGUAUCGGUAGAAUUCAAAAACUCAAAUUGCACCGAGAACAGUUAUUUCCAUUAUUCCAUUGUUGAAUUGUCAGAACCAUGGGUGCCUGGAUCCGGGCAGAUGCAAUUUAUCGCGGAAAACGAAGACAGUCCAAAGAUUUUGAAACUGCAAACUGUACAUUCCCAGCGUUUGAGAAUGAUGAAACAGCAAAGUGCUGAAUUGAAACUAUCUCUGGAUCCUGCUUGUUCAUACAACAUUCAUGUACAAAGAGCGAAUCUAGUUGAAAGAAUCGCAUGUAUGGUACGCGAUAGAUGGACUUUCAUAUACCCAAUAAUAAUUGGAUUACUUUUACUCAGUAUUGGCCAAAGAAUAGAUUUUUAUAAUGAAGAUAGAACGAGCAUUUUGGCCAUCACGAUAAUCACGAUAAUUCUUACCGCGAGCUUGAACCUCGUUCUCGAAUGUUGCGUUGGCAUUGCUAUCCUACAUAUCUUAGCUAUUGCAGUUUGUUGUUGUGUAGUAUUUUUUGGAUCUGUUGCUCACAACAUCGCCGUUCGAUUUUUAGCGAGAGCUGUAACUUUUUCAACAACUUGGUCGGACUGGUUACUGGGAGGAAUAGUAAAUCAGCUUCCUAUUGUAGCUGCUGGUGUCUUACUCUCUAUGAUACCAGCAACUUGUGGAGGCUUAGCGAUGCUCCUUUCUAUUUUUCUACACUUUCUAAGACUGACGCGAAUGUAUGAAGAUUAUUUGGAAGAAUUAUUGCUGGCAUCCAUGAGACAUUUUAAUCUCUUGAAAAAGCGUGAUAAAAAUAAUCAGGAAUCUGGUGAUUCGGUUAGGCAAAAUAUAUUCAAUCAAGUAUUACUGUUUUUGUUUUGGUGCUUUGCCGCGUUACCGGCUGUUCCAUCGACGCUUGUUUGGGCUAAAAAUUUCAGUUUUAGCACGAGGUUGAUCAACGAAGAUCAAGUAUUAUUAUACAGUUGGAUUGUCAUGGUUACCUGUGGGACAUCUGGACUUGUACAAAUACCAAAAUCUUCAGUUAACUCAUAUAAAACUAAGAUGCUAGCUACUUUGUUACGCUGUUUGGGCUGGAUAGCACUUGCAAUAUCUGCCACGUCUAACACGGCGUAUUAUUACUGGUGCUUUCCACCUUGUCUAGCGAUUGUUGUAGUUCUAAUUUCUCUAAAUUCGCUACAAGCGUAAAAUUAUUUAAUAGGCUAAUUUUUUUAAUUCGUCAAAUUAUUGUUUAUCAAAAUCGAAUGUUUACAAGCCGACUGUGAUUAGUUGUAAAGUUUUUGAUGAAUUUUGUGGAUUAGAAUUUUGUUAAAUUAUGUUAAUUGUAUCGUCUGAGUUUUAAUUGUUAUAGAGAAAAUUUAACUAAAUUGAAAAAAUAUUUGUUUUCUUUGCGGUAAAUGAAAGAAAAUAUAAUAAGUAGAUCAAGAUUUUAAUAGUCAAGUUGUCAACUUUUUUGACAACGGUUGUGAUUGUAUAAUGUUAGGCAGGGUAAUCAAUUUAUUUCCCAAAUCAAGAAAUAAUAUUGAUACAAUGAUAAAUAAAAACACAAUUCUUUAGUUAAACUAACUUUUUUUUAAAUAAAAAAUCUGAACAUAUUUGCGAAUAAAUGAUAUUGCAAUUGAUUAAAUUUUUUAAACAUUAUGAACAUAAAAAUUAAUUGAGAAAAAACGUAAUGUACACUAUAAAUUAGGUAUUGUGCGAAAAUUUUCAACGCCUUACAAUUUCUAUAAAUGUUAUUCUGUAUUCGAUGUAUAAACAAAAAUAUUUUUUAAAUAUUCUUUUUUCACAUCAUGUUGUGAUGCAAAUCUCGAGACUAAGCGGCGAAAAAUAAAUAUAUUAUCAAGUUAUCAUUUC